AGAAAAAUGGCCGUUUUGCAUAAGUGAUGUGAAUUACCUAUAUCUAGGAUUGAACCAUGGUGGUCACCAAGAAUACAAGAAGGACCAAAAAACCAAUUGAAACGACAUUAGGAAAGGCACCUGAUAAGCCAAAACAGAAUGAGAAAGAUAUAUCAGCUUUAAGACAACCCAUUGAAACUAGUGUUCGAGGAGCAAAGGAACUUGCUGCUCUGUUACAAACAGGUACAGAUGAGGUCAAAGACCUCAUAAGCUACGAAUGUGAUUUAAUGUACGAGUGCAGAAUCUGCAGAUCGAUUUUCCGUUGCUUGUCAAAUUUUGUGUUGCACAAAAGAAAAUAUUGCCUGGAGAAAUUUAAUCCGGCCUGUAACAUACAUCAUGAUGAAAUUCAGAUUGUGGGGCCAUCAGCAAGAAUUUCCAUGCUAGACAAAAUAGUUGAAAGGUUACGUGAAACUGAAGCAGAGUCUGAAGCUUCCAAGGAAAGCCUAACGUGGAACGUUGACGACCUUGAAGACGAAGCUUCUAGAUUCAAUCAUAUUGUAUUGGAAAAAAUCGACAGUACUGACUCUGGAAUAUUUCAAUCUCUUGUUAAUGGUACAUGCAAUAAAUCAAGCGAAUUUACAAAAACUCAGGUAAUGGAGAAUUAUAAAAAACUAGAAAAUGACGUGCCUGUAUUAGACCCUGAAGGAAAAAUUUGUGGAUAUACAAGCAACAAAAUCUACAAUCAGUCAUUGUUUCCCAAAUGUAAUGUCUCGUGCCACACAUGCAGUCAGAAAUUUGCCACACGAAAGUCAUUGAAUAAUCACGUGAAGAGUAUCCACAGCCCGAGCAGAUUGCUAUACUUUUGUCCAAGCUGCAAAGAAACAUUAGCUAAUCCUCGGUGCGUCUAUAGGCAUUUACUACGAGUACACAACUUGCCCUGCACUCAAGUUGAAAAAAUGCGUCAUCAAAUCAAUAAUAAUUGUAAAGUACUACGCAAAGAUGAAAAUUCUAUUAAGAUAAAGAAGCGUGCUGAACCUACUCAGAGUAAUAACGAUAGUGUACAUCAGUGGGUCAAUGAUAUGGAAGUGGACAAAGAUUUCCACAUGUGCGUAGGCUGCGGAACGCAUUUCGAAAGGAAAGCCGCUUUGCAGGGGCAUUUGCAAAUGUGUACUAAAAAGAAGGAAGAAAAAGUAGAUAAGGCGAAAUCAAAUAAGAUGCCUAUGGAGAGCAAGAAAAUCACAGGUGCUUUAAAGCGAAAGAGGCCUACUAUUCAUAGUUGUCCUAAGAAACGAAUUAUUUUGCUGGAAAACAUUGAUGAGGAAAAUAGUACUGGAAUUGAAGAAAAAUUAAAUCUAUUGGAAAAUAAUAAUGUUGUGUCCAGUACAAUUUUAAAUCACGUCAUUACCGAGACUUCUGAUAAUAUUGUCAAUAUUGAAAAUGAAAUGCAAGAAGUUUUAACUGAGUCAGUAAACAAAAAUGGUAUUCCUACCAAGAUUACUGAAGAUGGUGCUGAGGCUUCUUUAUCUUCAGGACACUCUGAUGAUACCGCAUCAAUUCGAUCAAAUAAUGUAGAAUCUUUAUUGCUAGAUCAUUCUCCACAGCAAAAUUCCAAUUUCUCUGAUGCAUGUGCUAGUUCCAGAGACAAUUUGGAGGUAAUUGAAUUAGAAGAUGACGUUGAAUCCGAACCUGAUUUAUUAAGUGAUGGAGUUUCUUUUGAAAUGUUUUAUCAGCAAUUGGACAACCAGGAUACAGUAAUAGAACAACUGCCUGAAGCAGAUACCGACGUUAUUUUUGUUGAUGAAGGUGAAUUAAUUGUAAAUAACAUUAUUGAGGAAAUAAUAUAUCCAAUGAACCUGCAACAGGAGGAAGAUGAAAAAAUUAUCAAUCCAAACAAAGCUGAAGCAAUCAAGCAAGAGCAACAAGCUGAUGAUGAAGAAACAAAUAAUAUAAAAACUAGACAACAAAAUGUCCACGAGGCUGUUCAAAUAAAACAAGAAGAACAAGCUGAUGAAGAACUAAUAAAUGAAACAGAAACCGUCCAACAGGCUGAUGCAAUAAAUCAAAAUGAUCAACAGAUUAGUGAGACUGAAAAACAAAAUACAGAGGCAGCAGAAGAAGAAGCCAAUACACAAACCAUUGAACCUGAAGAGGACAUUUCACACAAGAAAAAAACAUUUCCUGAAUGCGCUCUUCCCUUUAUGACUCCAUUGGAACUUUUAUGCAUACCAUGUGAUAAAAAGUUCAACACAAACGAUGAGUUGCACUCUCACAUGUCCGGCCAUUUUUCAUGGUUCCGAUUUCAGUGCACCGAAUGUUCUUUCGUUAGUUUUAGAGAGGAAGACUGCAUCAUGCAUGCUCAAGAAAGACACAGUUUAGAACAAAAUGCUUGCAUCGUACCAUUGCCUUCUUGGAGAGCAGAAAGUAUCUUUCAUAGUUUUAAACCUUUUGAAGAUGACAAUGUUGUUGGAGGCGCAUAUAUUGAUGAAGAAAUCAGAGAAGAAGAAAUAAUUAAACCUAUUAUUGCUGACAGUGUAAAGUCUGCUGUACAAGAAUCAGACUCUUUAUUGUUUGGUAGUUUAAAAAACAAUACAAAUGAUAAAGAACUUGCCCAAUCUGUCAUUGAUAUAAAAGAAACCAUUGUUGAUGAUCAUUUAUUACCAGAACCAAUCGAAAUGGCUUGUCCAGUUACGAAUAAUAAUGCUUUGGAUAACGACGAAAAUGAAUCAAGUGACGAUUGGGGCGUUUCAGAAGUCUUUACAACACGUCGUAAAACGGGGAAAAAAAAAGGAUUGGUUAAAAAACCGAUGCCAGAACCAGUGCCUAUUGUUCGUGCCGCUAGAAUGCGCACCAAAGUACAACAAGAUGAUUUUUUUUAUUACGAUAGCAAUAUGUCAUUGAAUGAUUUUACUCGAAAUGCUACAGUUCCUGCAACCUCGAAAAAGAAGCGCGAAAAAUAAUGCAAUAUACUUAGUAUAACAUUAUAAAUUAUUAUUAUUGUUUGUUUGUUGACUUCAUGUCAUGAAUUAUUGUUAAUUGGAUGAAGUUUUGAAAGUUAAUUUAUUUUUUUGUACAUUUAGAAUGUUAGUUUAAUUUUUACAAUAAUAAACACGAAACGUUAUUUUUUUA